CUCGCCAGCCGCCGCCUCCCGGCUGCGGACGCCUCCUAGCAGGUUGUUGUUUUUAAGAGAGGCGUCACUGGCGCCCGAAGCCGUGACCGCCGCCACAGUGACAGCCGGCUGCGUCUGGUGGAGGUGGCGCUGCCGCGUCAGUUGUAGGUGGAUACAAUACCUUUAAAAAUAAAGGUGCUGAGGAUUGAACCCAGUGCUUCAUGAAUGCUAGACCUGAAAAAUGUCUGAAAAUUCCAGUGACAGUGAUUCAUCUUGUGGUUGGACUGUCAUCAAUCAUGAGGGGUCUGAUGUAGAGAUGGUGAAUUCUGUCACAACCAGUGACAGCUGUGAGCUCACCCCAGAAUGUUCAUCUUUAGAACAAGAGGAGGAUGUUCAAGUACUGCAGAUAGAGCAGGAAGAAAGCAGCCAAAAUAGCACAUUGUUAAUGGAAGGAACUGCUUAUCCAACUUUGGAAGAAACCACGUCAGCAUUUGAGGUAGAAGAAGAGAGGUCACCUGAAGAUAAUGUCUAUUUUGGAACUGCCAGUGAUGAUUCUGAUAUUGUUACCCUUGAACCUCCUAAGUUAGAAGAAUUUGGAAAUCAAGAAGUUACAAUUGUUAAAGAAGCACAGAGUUCAGAAGAUUUUAACAUGGGCUCUUCCUCAAGCAGCCAGUAUACAUUCUGCCAACCAGAAACUGAAAGAUGGUGGGAGAAGCUGUGGAAGAUUCCUGAAUGCAUAAUGGGAUGGGAUGAUCAGCUGAAACACCAUGUUCCUAGCCAACUCACUUUCCAAGUAUUUUCAUCUCAGCCUAGUGAUGGUGAAUCAAGUAGUGAUGAAACCAGUAAUCAACCUAGUCCUGCCUUUAGACGACGCCGAGCUAGGAAGAAGACUAUUUCCACUUCAGAAUCUGAGGAACGAUUGCCUGCUGAACAGGAAAAUGAACCUUCUAAGGAGAUGAGUAAACGCCAGUUCAGUAGUGGUCUCAAUAAGUGUGUUGUACUUGCUUUGGUGAUUGCAGUCAGCAUGGGAUUUGGACAUUUCUAUGGCACAAUUCAGAUUCAGAAACACCAAGAAUUAGUCAGAAAGAUACACGAAGAUGAACUGAAUGAUAUGAAGGAUUAUCUUUCUCAAUGCCAAAAGAAACAAGGACCUUUUAUAGAUUCUAAGUCAUUGAAAGAAAACCUUGCAAGGUGUUGGACUCUUACUGAAUCAGAGAAGAUAUCCUUUGAUACUCAGAAAAAGAGUCUUGCUACAGAAAAUCAGUAUUUAAGAAUAUCUCUGGAGAAGGAAGAGAAAGCCAUAUCUGCAUUACAGGAAGAGUUAAUGAAGUUAAGAGAACAGAUUAGAAUAUUGGAAGACAAAGGAAGAAAUACUGAAUUAGUUACAGAAAAUCAGAAACUUAAGCAGCAUUUAGAAGAGGAAAAACAGAAAGUGCACAGCUUCCUUAGUCAAAGGGAGACUCUGUUGGCAGAAACUAAGAUGCUAAAGAGAGAACUGGAGAGAGAACGACUGAUAGCAAUGACUUUAAGGGUGGAACUUCAGCAGUUAAGCACGAGUCAGUCACAAGACAACUUAGAUUCUCCCAAUAUAUUGACUGAAAAAAAGGAAAUAGCAGUCUUACAGGAAAGACUCACUGAGCUGGAGCAGAAACUAAACUUUGAACAGCAGCGUUCUGAUUUGUGGGAAAGACUGUAUGUUGAGGCAAAAGAUCAGAAUGGAAAACAAGAAACUGAUGGAAAAAAGAAAGGUAGCAGAGGAAACCACAGGGCUAAGAAUAAGUCAAAAGAAACAUUUUUGGGAACGGUUAAGGAAACAUUCGAUGCCAUGAAGAAUUCUACCAAGGAGUUUGUGAGGCAUCAUAAAGAAAAAAUUAAGCAGGCUAAAGAAGCUGUGAAGGAAAAUCUGAAAAAGUUUUCAGAUUCAGUUAAAUCCACUUUCCGACAUUUCAAAGAUACCACCAAGAAUAUCUUUGAUGAAAAGGGCAACAAAAGAUUUAGUGCUCCAAGAGAAGAAACAGCGGAAAAACCAAGAACAGUUUUUCGUGACUGUUUACAUCCACAGAAUAAGGCACCUAUGCAAGACCAGAAUCGUGGAGGCCCUACUCUGCAAAGGGAAGGAAGGAAAGAGAAGCCAACUCACUUUGAAGAAUUUAGAAAAAAUACAAAUUUACAGAAGUGCAGUGCUGAGCAUGAUGACUGUAGGGGAAGUUAUCUCAGAAAGGCUUGUUCUGGUAUAUUUGAAUAUGCUCAACAAGAAUCCCUUAAUCCUUUUAAGGUAAUGAUGAAUCCUGUAAGGAUUGAUGAAUUUAGACAGUUAAUUGAAAGAUACUUAUUAAAAGAAUUGGAUGCUUUUCAUCAUUGGAAAGAACUAGAUCAAUUCAUCAACAAGUUUUUCCUAAAUGGUGUCUUUAUCCAUGAUCAGAAGCUUUUCACGGACUUUGUUAAUGAUGUUAAGGAUUAUCUUAAAGACAUGAAGGAAUAUCAAGUAGAUAAUGAAGGAGUGUUUGAGAAGCUGGAUGGAUAUAUAUAUAGACACUUCUUUGGUCAUACUUUUCCCCCUCCAUAUGGACCCAGUCGACCUGAUAGAAAGCAACGUAUGGUAAAUAUUGAAAACUCCAGGCAUCGAAAACAAGAGCAGAAGCACCUUCAACCACAGCCUUAUAAAAGGGAAGUUUUAGGUGGACACAAUAUCUUUAUUUUAUUUUUAUGUGGUGUUGAGGAUCAAACCCAGUGCCUCACACAUUCCAGCUUUGUUUUCCCGUGGGAGCGGUUUUGGAGAGCGCGGAAAGCAAGGCUGCGGCCGCCACCUUCCGGCUCCAUUUCCACCUGCUUGGAGGCCAGCAGACGUUCCCCAGCCGCCACCUUCCAAGGACGGAAGGAAGGUGGAGAAACGCGCGCUGCUGGUGCUGCAGUAAGUUUGGUCUUUGCGAGCAGCCGUCGCUUGCAGACGCGGAGGUAUCCGGGCCAGGGCCAGUCUUGAAGCCA